ACAUUGGUUGACUUUUAACGGAAAACGCGGUUAUAAAGGGCAACUUUCAGAGGAGAGAGAGAACAAAGUAUGAAGAAAGGGGAGAGAGAAAGAGAGAGCUUCUAUACAAAGUUCAAAUUUGACUUUGUCUAUGUCUGUCUUUCUUGCUCAACUUCUACUCUCCUUAGUUUAUUCCCACAAAUUGACUCAUUUUUCUAAUGAAAAAUUCCAUUAACAACCAAUCCACAACUGCUCACUACAAAGCUUAUGAAAGUUCCUCAUUUCAGAACUCCCUUCCCUCGGUCUUGUCCUCUUCCUCAGCUGCUUUCUUCCACCUAAUAUUCUCAGAUUCCUCUUUCUUUUUCCUCCCUUCUCCCUCUUCUGGCCACUUUUCCAGCAACAAUGAUACAGCAAGCUCGGAAACUCUCCGACGAGUACGAGAUUUCAGAUGUUUUAGGGAGAGGAGGAUUUUCAGUAGUCAGAAGAGGUAUCAGUAAAUCCAGGAGAGAGAGAAGAGAAGUAGCCAUUAAGACACUAAGAAGGAUUGGAGCAUCAAGUUUCUCAGGAUUUCCACCAAAUCGUAGUGCCCUGAGGAGCAUGGCUUCCAUGGUUCCAACAAGGAAAUCUAUGAUUUCUGAUGCUUUGCUAACAAAUGAAAUUUUGGUCAUGAGGAAGAUAGUUGAAAACGUCUCCCCCCAUGAGAAUGUGAUCGACCUUUACGACGUGUAUGAGGACUCGAAUGGGGUUCACCUGGUGUUGGAGCUCUGUUCUGGAGGUGAGCUUUUUGACAGGAUUGUGGCGCAGACGAGGCACACCGAAGCGAAAGCUGCUGCGGUUGUGAGACAGAUUGCCAGUGGUUUGAAGGCUCUCCAUCAGGCUAAUAUCAUUCACAGGGACUUGAAACCUGAAAACUGUCUCUUCCUCGACGAAAGUCGGGACUCCGCCUUGAAAAUCAUGGACUUCGGGUUAAGUUCUGUGGAGGAAUUCACUGACCCAGUUGUUGGAUUGUUUGGUUCCAUAGAUUAUGUCUCACCAGAAGCUCUUUCCCAGGGAAGUAUUACCUCCAAAAGUGAUAUGUGGUCUCUGGGAGUGAUUUUGUACAUUCUUCUCUCUGGGUACCCACCAUUUACAGCUCAAUCCAAUCGGCAAAAGCAGGAGUUAAUAAUGGCUGGAGACUACAGUUUCCAUGAGAAAACUUGGAAGACCAUUUCUUCUUCAGCUAGACAACUGAUUUCAAGUCUGCUGACAGUUGAUCCUCAGGGGAGACCCAGUGCCCAAGAGCUUCUAGAGCAUCCAUGGGUCACGGGCAAUUCAGCCAAGCAGGAUCAAAUGGAUGCUGAGAUUGUAUCACGACUCAAGAGUUUCAAUGCCCGACGCAAGCUUAGAGCUGCAGCGAUAGCUAGCGUAUGGAGCAGCACAAUUUUUUUGAGGACAAAGAAGCUAAGAUCUUUAUUAGGGUCUUAUGAUCUCACACCUGAGGAAGUCGAAAAUCUCAGACUUCAUUUCAAGAAAAUAUGUGCAAAAGGUGACAAUGCCACUCUUUCUGAAUUCGAAGAAGUGCUGAAAGCAAUGAAUAUGUCUUCACUUCUCCCUCUUGCACCUCGCAUUUUUUACCUCUUUGAUGAUAAUCGAGAUGGAACAGUUGACAUGCGUGAGAUUCUCUGUGGCUUUUCGAGCCUUAGAAACUCACGAGGUGACGAUGCUCUUCGCCUGUGUUUUCAGAUGUAUGACGCAGAUCGAUCCGGGUGCAUCACAAAGGAAGAAGUGGCAUCAAUGCUGAGAGCUUUGCCUGAUGAUUGCCUCCCAGUGGACAUCACAGAACCCGGGAAAUUAGAUGAAAUAUUUGAUCUGAUGGAUGCCAACAGUGAUGGAAAGGUUACCUUCGAUGAGUUCAAAGCUGCCAUGCAGAGAGACAGCUCCCUCCAAGAUGUUGUCCUGUCUUCUCUUCGCCAAUAAAUGUUGAACUUCCGACGUACACCAUCAGCAUUUCAGCAACAGAUCUAGAUUUAAUUUCUAAAUUAUGUGUCCAUUGCAGAAAAUAUAUUAUCAGUAACAAGGGGCAGCGGAAGUAUUAUACAUUCAACUAUUUGAAAGAAAUUCAAUAAUUUUGACUCUCUUUAUGGAA